GGCGGCCGCCACCCGGCGCCGCCCCAGGUUCCGUUCCUCGCCGGCCGCUGCAGACUGCUCGCCGGCGGCCGCCGCCUUAAUAAUGCUCUUUAGUCGCCGGCGGCCGCCGCCUUAAUAAUGCUCUCUAGUCGCCGGCGGCCGCCGUCUUCAUAAUGCUCUCUCGUCGCCGUCGCCGCCGUCUUCAUAAUGCUCUCGCGUCGCCGUCACCGUCGCCGCCGUCUUCAUAAUGCUCUCUAGUCGCCGCCGCCGCCGCCGCCGUCGUCUUCAUUAUGCUCUCUAGUCGUCGUCGUCGCCGUCGCCGCCGCCGCCGCCGCCGCCGCCGCCGCCGCCGCCAUCUUCAGCAGAGUAAGACAAAGCUUACAUUAGCCACAACUUCACCGUUGAGAAAACACAGUAUAUGAUUGCCCAUCAUAACGUUUAGGGUUAGGGUGUCAUGAAAAAACCCCAUCAAACAUCAACACAAUAUAUCUAUUCUAUAUAUAUCUACAACAGACUUGGAUAGUCGUGUGCAAGAAUAACCUAUUUACGUGGCUUAAAACAAGUAAUUUAACAGAUAUUUCUUUCAUAGACAGUCCCGCAAAGCACGCUGGGAUGUGCGCCUAUCGACUCUACAUUAUGAAGAGGACAAGGAACUGCUGAUUAUGAUGCGGGCGAGGGAGGAUGUCAAUUAAGGGCCUCAAUUCUUUCAUUUCUUCUCCUUAAAAAUUAUUUUUAUGUCAAUCUUGGCUAUGUUAUUUGUAUCAUGUGUCAUUUGUGUGCUCUCAACAUACACUUGUCAGUCCCAAAUACAGUCAACUUCAAAAAGACGUUUGUGUGUUUUCCAAGUGGCCACAGAGGGCGAUAGAGGCUGAUAUCAUCUAUGUAUGUCCGUCACAGGCCACCGUACUGAUCCGCCAGUCAGCGAUGACGUUACGUGAAAUACAACUAAUCAAAUAAAAACUCUUUUUUCACAGCACCCUACGAACGGUGCCCAAGGUGCUUCAGGAAAGUAUUAGAAAGUAUUUAAGUACUUAUAAAGUAUAAUUUCUCUUGUUAUAGUGUGUAAAAUCAUUGUGAAACACGACGUCACAUCCGCGCUGAAACUUCCUGUUUGCACUUCCUGGUUUCGUCCGGAACAUGGCGCCGACCAUCCCAAUCACGCUGUGUCAAUCUGUUGCCAGCCAAGCUCAAGUAUUCUACAGGGAAUGCUGCAUGUGUUUGGCCAGCUAUGUCGGCCGGGUUGAGCGUGAACCAGGAAGUGCGGGGAUCUCGUGUGUUCUCUCGUUGCUGGGUAGUCGAAACAGAAAGUUGCCGGGAAGCAGCAGGCAACCGUGUUUCUUUCCCUGACGAAAUCAGGCCGCCCCUUACCACGCAUCGUUGUCAUUGGCGCCAACUUCAUUCGGUAUCGAGUCGGCGUUCCAACACCCUGACGGAGAACACCGGAGUUGCCAUCUAACUCUGACGCCACACAAGCAAUGCUACAAGGUACAUCACGUCUUCGAAAGUGACACUGAAUAUCAGCAAGAGCGAGUUCACCGACGGACUUGUGAGCAUGGUGGUAAAGGACUCCUUGCCGCUCUCCUUCUUCUCGUCCUCGGCCGGCUUCGGUGCCAUCGCCGGGUCCAUCACGAGGCAGCUGCACGUCAGCCUGGACAGGAACGCCGUUCGCGAGAUGGUGAUCAAUCGGGCUCGGCAACUGGAGUCUGGCCUCAUCAGCAUCAUGAGGAACAAACCCGUGUACUUGAAGAUGGACGGAGCAACCCGGCUUGGCUCCAGUUACCUGGCUAUCAACGCCCAGUUUUUUCACGACGGGAAGCCGACAAUCAAGACACUAGCUGUCACGGACUGUGCCGGCAAGCACACUGCGAAGGAAACGCUGGAGCUGCUCAAGAAAGCGCUGGAGAGGUACGAGCUCAACAAAGAUCAAGUGCUUGCUGUGGUCACGGACAAUGCCAGGGCGAUGGUGAAAACCGUAGAGCUAUUGAACCAGAGUGAUGAAGAGAGGAGCAGUGAAUUGCUAGAGGAGGGAAGUGCGGAUGAUCAGGGAGAUCAAGAAGAGGACGAGGUUGGUGAUGACGAAACACUCCGCGACCUGAUUGUGGAUCACUUCGACACGUCCACAGGCUCGCGCCCAGCAGCUGGCGCAAACACCAAUGUCCACAUGACGCGAUGUGGUGUUCACACCCUACAGCUGGCUGUACGCGACGGAUUGAAGCAACGAGGUGCACAUGCGGUGUUGGAGCAUGCCCGAAGCGUCGUGAAGAAGCUCAGGGCGCCGAACAUGGUGGCAUCUCUGAAAAAGAAAGGUCAUCUGCUCCCGAUCAUCGACGUGCCAACAAGGUGGGGCAGCAGCUACGCCAUGGUGAACCGCCUGCUGGAACUCCGGGAGGUGGUGCAAGAUUAUGCUGCUGUCGCGCCGGACUUGCACCUGUCGGACGAAAAAUGGCAGCGAAUCCAACAACUUGCUGACGUCCUCAAGGACCCAUACAUCGUGACCAUUCGGUUACAGAGCAGUGAGCUCACACCAGGGACGUUUCUCAAAGAGUGGCUGAAGCUGCGGGACGGACUGGAGAAGAAAGGGGGCAUCGGCGCCGCUAUCGCCUCCUCCAUGCGAGGGCGGGAAGAGACACUGCUCGAGUCGGAUGCCGUGUUGGCUGCCGUCUUCGCCGACGCCCGGUACAGGAUCCUACUAGGCGAGAGACUGCAACGUGCCGAAGAUGCCUUCAUCAAGAUCGCUCACAGGGUUCAUCACAUAGAGAACUCUGGAGCUUCUACUGCAGCAGAGCAUCAGCUGAGCAGCGCGAGCUCCGAGCAAGAAGGCGACCCAUUUGAACAGGAGUUGGACCGGCUCGAACGCGGGCGUCAUGCAGUGAUGCAAACACCCUCUUCGGUGACGGAUGCAGUGCAUGAGAUGAAGAAUCCCGGACGACUGAAGGGAAAAGACGUCUGGAGCAUCAUCUGCAAGUACCCAGCGGCCGUUCAGACGACCAGCCUCGCCCUGGCCGCUCUACCCACGACACAAGUGUCAGUCGAACGGCUGUUCUCGGCCAUGAAACUUCUGCUAACGGACCUUAGAUCCCGGAUGAAGGAAGACAUCGUGGAGGCAAUGCUCCUCAUACGUUCCAAUGAGUAAAACGCGAGUGCUUGCAGUGAGAGAUGCAUGAUGUGAAAAGUUCUGAGUUGCUGUGAAAGCCAAUGACUCACUUUUACGUCUUUCCCAUGUUUUAGCGAUUUUGGGCAACAUGGUUCCAUUUUUCUGUAAAGAUGUGUUGGUUAAUACAAAAUACAUUCGAUGAGAAAAGAAAAGGCUGUUUUUGCUUGCUCAAAACCGUUAAAAUGCGCUAUAAGUUACUCUUUAACUUGGUGAAAAAUAGACCUAGCCGGAGCCGGAGCCACAAGGAGCCACACCAUUUUGCCCGGAGCCGGAGCCGGAGCCGGAGCCACAAAAAUUGAUGUGGCUCCACACCCCUGCCUAUAACAUUAUAAAGAAGGCUGACAAGGUUUAUCUAGAGGCAUAUACGUGUAUAAUUCAUAAUACUAUUGAAGAAUUAGAAUCUUUUUUAGAAACAAAAAUUGAAUUGGCAGAUAGAAACCUUUUAGAAAAUACGAAUGUGCUCGUUAACCAAUCAAAAGAGCAAAAUAUUGUCCUUUUAGUGCCCGGAACGCCACUUUUUGCCACCACUCAUACAGAUUUGAUUCUAAGAUGUAAAAAAGAGCAAAUUCCCUAUCAAAUAAUUGAUAAUGUAUCAAUUUUCAAUGCCAUCGGCCAUUUUGGCCUGUUUUCAUACAAUUUCGGUCGAACAGUGUCAAUUCCAUUUUUUACGGACACUUUCAAACCAUUUUCUAUUUAUGAUAGAAUAAAAUCGAAUUUUGAUUGUAAUUUACACACACUUUGCUUGCUCGAUAUAAAAAUUAAUAAAGAAUAUUAUAAUCAGAACACUUAUUCAAACAAUCCAAAUGAUAAAAUACAAAAUAUCUUUAUGAAUGCCAAUACAGCCUUGAAUAUUCUUUCAGAAUGUGAGAAGCACACAAAUUAUAAUUUGUUAACUAAAAGAAGUAAAAUAUUUGUUAUCUGUCGAUUCGGUCAUCCAACACAGCAAAUUUUUUAUGAUUCGAUAGAAAAUCUCAUCAAAAUGGACUUUGGAGGCCCUUUACAUUCAUUAAUCGUACCUGGUCCGAUGGAGAUUAUUGAAAAAGAGCAUAUAGGAAAUUUUUUUACAGAUGGUCAAUAAACUUAAUUGAGUUUUCAACUAACUCUUCUGUUGAAUAAAGCAAAAAUGAACCGCGACUUCCUAUUGAGACUUAUUGUAAUAAUUAUUCAAAAUAAUAAAAAUUUUUUGAUCAGUUUACUUCAAUUCAUAAAUCGCAUCGCAAUGAAAAUUAAUAAAAUUGUCAAGAUAAAAAGUGCCAAACGCUUAAUUCUCAAAAUUGUUAUUUUUCUUUCGAGAUUUUUCCUAAUUAUUAGUGCUUGUAUUAUGUUAAGAUUGAUUUCAUUCAAACAAUCUUCUAAAAAUGUAUCGUUGAACAACUUCUUCUCGUAUUUCAAAUAUUUUUCUAGCGUGCGCAUGUUUUUUCUUUGCAUUUGAAUCAUUUUUUUGUUUAUGCAGCUCUGAUUUUAUUAAAAACUGUAAUUAAGGCUAAUUAAUUUUAUUUUCUCUAAUGAAUGAUAAAUUUAAUAGAUUUGAAAAAUAAUUAGAUGUUACAUCUCAAAAAAAAAUUAAAAGAACACAACAAUAAAUUAAAACAUCGUUUAUUCAACUUACAAGAAGUAAUUACCUCUGUCCUAUUGGUUUACCACCUGGAACGGGGGAGAUUCCUAUGAUGGUACUAGUUUUACCUGGGCCCGAUUGUACUGUUUGCCCGGGUGUUGUUGGUUUUGUUUGAACUGGUUGAUUUGGUUGUGGUACAGCUCUGUUUUUAACCACAUUUGUUGUUUGUGUUUGCGUGUCUUUUGGUUUUGUGGUUGUUGUUUGAGCAGAAAUUUGUGUGUUUGGUGCCUGUGGCUUACUAUUCGGAUCAAUUAUGUUGAUUGUCUGUGUUGAACCAGGUUUUGGUACUUGUGAUUCAUCUACUUUACUUACACCAACUACUUGAACUGCUUUAGGAUGUGUACUUAAAAGUUCUGGUGUCACAUUUAAUUCAGGUUUUUUGGCUGCUCCUGGUUUCUGUUUUACCAUUUCAGGUUUUGGAACAUAUGCUGGAUCUACUUUGUGUACAUUACUCUUAUUAACAAAUAUUUUCUCAAUUUUACCUGGUUUGUUUGGAUCAUUUCCAUUGUGAACAAUUGCUGUGAUCUCUUUAACUGGUGCUUGUACAAGUUUGUUUGGAUUUGGAAGACCAGAUAACUUUUUAACUGAGUCAAAUAUAACAUCUGCAAAUGCUUGUCCUUUAUUUGGUAAUAAUGUAGAUAAUUCUGAUAUAACAGUUGAUUCGAAAAACGAUCUCAUCUCUUUGGAUAAAGGAUGCAUAGCAAAUUCUGUUAUAGCUUUCAAUGUUUCUAAAGGCAAACUGUUUAUUGCAUUUAUGUAAGUAGAUUCUGUCACUCCAAGUUUUUCUGCUUAUGCCGGAGAUUCUUCCAAUAAACUGGAUCUGAUCAUUUCUGCAGUUGCUUCUUGGCCUGAUAUCUUUGGUCUUUCUUCAUCCGAUGUUACAAGUCCCUUCUUAUCUUGAUCUACUUCACCUGUAAAGGCAUUUACAGCUGUCAUAGUAUCUUUUGCAAUUCCAGAAAUGGCAGCAUUCCCGAAACUGUUUCCUAUAACUUGGUCUUCGAUUGAACCAACGAAAUCAGGUUUAUCUGCUAUAUUCAUUGAAGCCGUUCCGUGGUUCUCUUCAUCUGCAGCGAAUCCUGUUGUGUCUGUUCCUUGAAGUAAACCCACACCAUCUUGUCCUGUAUCUUUGAGUCCUUUUGGUGGCGAAUUCAAAUUUACAAUUGCAUCUUCUACUGAUACUUUUUCUGCUACACCAUAAGGAGGAGUCAAUUCAACAUAAUCCUCACCAUUCGGAUUUCUGAGAACCUCUGUUCUUGUAUUUUGUAACAGCUCUUUUGUGGCAAUUGCCUUUUUCAGCAUUUGUUCAUCUGCUUUAGACAAGUAUGGUCGUUUUUUAAUACCUGAGUGCAAUGUCGGUUGAGUUGUCUUUGCAAAAUCUGUCCAUGGUGUUUCUCUGAGUGUACCUUUCUUCACUUCAAGCCCUUCUCCAUACGAAAUAUCUAAAGUACCAUGUUCACCGAUAAGUGCCUUUGAAGGGGAUGGAUUUGCAGGAGAAGGUAUGGUCAUCUUCAUUCCUGAUGCAUCUGCUGUGUAGUAACCUCUUCCUAAUGGCACAUCUGAACGCUGUCCUGUAUUAUAAUGAUGUUCAAGCUUAGAUGUGUCAAGACCGGCAUUUCUCAUGGAUUCUCUUGCUGAUUCUGGAUAGAUUACCGUACCUUCUUUCAAUUCUAAUUCUCUUGCACUUUCUGGAAUAUUGAAAAAUCCAUCUUCACCUCUAACAACAUUUAAUGGCGAUUCAAUUUCUUUGUUUGUUACUUUAUUACGUAAGGCAUCUUUUAAUUCAACCUGUCUUGCAAGGGCAACUGCUUCAUCUUCAUUUUUAGCUUCUACAUCAACAAAUGAUUUAAGUGGCAAUUUCAAUGACGAAUUUUCUAUACUUACUUUGUCCGCAUCAUCUGGAACUGUUGCAAUAAUACCGAGACCUUCUUCAGCAUUUUGUCUGUCAAGUGCAGCCUGCUCAGCUGCCUGUGUUCCUUUAACAAGAGCUUCUUCAACUUGCAUUUCUGCUUCUUCUUGUGGGAUGAAUCCAUGUUUUUUUGCUGCUUCUGAGGAUUCACAUGCUUCUUCAAGAGCCUGUUCUGCUUGUAAUUGUGGUCUUGUUCUGUCAGUGAAAUCUUUUGCGUCAUCAAUUGCAUUUUUAGCUGCAACAGAUUCACCUUUUUUGGCUGCUUCUUCAAUAGACUCACCUGAGAGAAUCGACUUCUGAAUUGAUGCAUGUGGGUCUUUUUUGGCCAUUUGAUCGAGUGCUUCUGCUUCUUCCUCAAGUUCUGCUUGUACGGCUGCGACUGCUUCUGGACUUUUUGCCACUUCUUGCAUGGCAGCUUCUUUUUUGAUUGCAUCUUGUGCGGCUGCAACUGGAUCGUUUCCUGUUUCGGCGGCUGCCUUCGCUGCUUUGGCACCUGCAAUACCUUGUUCUGCACCUUCUGCACCAGCACGUCUCAUUUGUGGGUCUUUCAUCAUUUUAUUCUUCAAAUGUUCUUUUUCUGCUGCUUUUGCUUGUUUUGCUGCAGCAACGCCUUCUUUAGCACCUUGACUUGCUGCUUCUGCCAUAUCACCAAUAUCUUUUGCAUCAGUUGCUGCAGCGAUUCCUUCGGCUGCUCCUUCCAAUGCGGCUCGUUUCAUUCUUCUAGGUGUGUCUUCCAUCAUUGAUUCGGCUGCUGCUGCCUGAGCUGCUGCCAUUUCACCUGCACCAACUGGAAUUCCUGCAUCAGCUGCUGCUCCUUCUGCUGCUCUUUCUUCUGCUAAUUCUGCUUGUUUUGCAGCUGCUGCAGCUGCACCUGCUCGUUGUCUUUGACUUGGAGUUGAAUCUGGAUUAUUAAGAGCCAUCUCAGCUUCUGCAGCAUCACCUGCAGCUCUAGCCUGUUCUCUAUCAUAAGCAUCUCUUUCAAUUUCUUGUUCUUUUGCUGCUUGUUCGGCUACUGAUUGUUCUGCUGCUUCUGCUUCCUUGGCACCUGCUGCUUUUGCUUCUGCUGGUGAUACUUCUGGAUUCAUGGCUGCCAUUGCUUCUGCUUCUUUGCCUGCAGCAUCACCUACAGUUUCUCCAACUUUCUUCGCUUUCAGAGCGGCUUUUAAUUUCGAUGGUGGCAUAUCGGAUAAUAAAUCGUCAGCUUCUUCUUGAGCACCUGCAUUUGCUGCAACUGCAUCACUCAUUGGAUUCUUCGCCAUUUGUUUGACAUUGUUUUCAUUUGCCUGAGCAUCUCUUUGAUCUUGUAAAUCGUCCAUUGCUUCUUGCUGGGCAAUUGCUUUCUUUGUCUCAUCUCUUUCUGCGGCUGGCAUUGCUCUCAUCGCUUGCUUUUGUGCUGCCCUUAUUGGUUUUGCUGCUUUUGAGGCUCCUGCAUCUCUUGCCUUCUGUCUUCCUCUUGCUUGACUCAUUGGACCACCUUCCAUAGCAUCAGCGGCUGGAUUACCAGAGCCGCCUCCUCCGGCGCCUCCUGCACCACCCAUAGCGGGCGCUGGACCUCCUGAACCUGCACCACCACCGGCGCCACCGCCUCCUGCGGCUGCCCUUGCUGCAGCUGCACCUUCUCUUGCUCCUUGAUUUGCGGCUGCUGCUAAUGCUGCAGGGCUAUUCAAUGUUCCAGCACCUCUUGGUCGUGGUCUGGAUGCUCCUCCAAAUCCUGCUCUUCUUGCAGCAUUGUCUAAAGCGGCCUGUGCUCUCGGAUCACCCAUGGCGGCUGCAUUUUGUAAAGCUGAACCAGGUGAAUGACCGGCCAUUCCAUUGCCUCCUCUUCUACGAGCAUUUCCUAAACGAUUAUUUCUCAUUCCUUUUCUACCACCACCCAUUCCAUUUCCUCCAUAUCCAUAUCCACCUAGAUUACUUCCUUGGCCGCCACCGCCGCCAUAACCCAUACCACCUGCUCCUCCAUAACCCAUACCACCACCUCCUGCACCACCUGCUCCCCCUGCUCCCCCUGCACCACCGCCAUAUCCUCCUCCUGCACCAGCACCGCUUCCUCUACCGCCAAAUGCUCCUCCUCGUCCUCCGAAUCCGCCAUUUCCACCGUAAGAGCCAAAUCCACCUCUUCCAACACCUCUUCCCCCGUGUGAAUUAGGUGGUGCUCCUGACAUAGCAGAAUGGUUCUUUAAAAGACCGCCAUUUCUUUCUGGUAAAUAAUUCAUAGCCAAAUUUGUAUUUGCUCCACUUUGUGGUCUUUAAGAAGCAUCAGCUAAAGAAUUUAGAUGACCCCCUCCCUCAUGAUCUCGUCCUAAUACAAAAUUAGAAAUUAAAAAUACGUAAGUACCGCAUACUCUAAUCGGAGUGUUUUAGUUUAUAUAUUUACUGAUGGUAAAACAAAACAUGUAGGAAAUAAAUUGAAACAAAAAUCAUAUUUUUAGUUUGAAGUUUUUGAAAUGACAAAUCAAAUGAAAAAACACCGAUAAAUUUAAGAAGAGACCAAUAAAAAAAUGACUGCAAAUUAUUAAAACCGAUAAAUUAAUAAAAUCAUUAACCUAUUUAGGAUAAGAAGAAACACCUUAAGAAAUUAAACACA